CGAAGUCUUAAACCCAUUCCAUCACUGGUUAUUGUUCCAAUUUUUGUUAAUUCCGUUUUCUCCCUGCUAAUUAAUGGCGCCAAAGGCGGAGAAGAAACCAGCGGAGAAGAAGCCCGCCUCGGCGGAGAAGAAGCCGCCUAAGGCGGAGAAGAGGAUUCCAAAGGAAGGCGGCGCCGCCGACGGCAAGAAGAAGAAGAAGAUUAAGAAGAGCACCGAGACCUAUAAGAUAUACAUAUUCAAGGUUCUGAAGCAGGUGCAUCCAGAUAUUGGCAUCUCGAGCAAAGCUAUGGGGAUUAUGAAUAGUUUCAUUAACGAUAUCUUCGAGAAGCUUGCGAUGGAGUCGUCGCGCCUCGCCCGGUACAAUAAGAAGCCAACAAUUACGUCGCGCGAGAUUCAGACUGCGGUGAGGCUGGUUUUGCCUGGUGAGUUGGCAAAACACGCCGUUUCUGAAGGUACCAAGGCGGUAACUAAAUUCACCAGUUCUUAGAGGAUAAUGGGUCUCCCUUUUUUUUCCCCUUCUUUUUUGGACGUUGAUCGGAGAGAUUCGAGCGUUCAUAUUGAUAUUACGUGCAUUAUCCAGUUACUUCGUGAAAGGAAAUGUAGUGGAUUUAGAGAUUUUUAUUGGAUUAAUCACUAUUUACGUGAAACUUUUAUCUGUAAUGGUUUUC